UUCUUGGUGUCUUUCUUGACUUGUGGUUCUCGAGCAAUGUACGUGGACUUUGUGAGCAGUUCCUCUAGAUGCAUGGCCAUUCCAAGGCAUAUGCCUCUCUGCCAUGGCAUUGGAUAUUCUGAGAUGAGAAUCCCCAACUUGCUGGGGCAUGAGACGAUGGCAGAGGUGAUCCAGCAGUCCUCCAGUUGGCUGCCUCUGCUUGCGCGAGAGUGCCACCCGGAUGCCAGGAUAUUCCUGUGCUCGUUGUUCGCACCGAUUUGCUUGGAAGGGAUCAUAAAGCCGUGUCGCAGCCUGUGUGAGGCGGUGAGGAACAGCUGCGCCCCUAUCAUGGCGUGCUACGGUUACCCGUGGCCGGAGAUACUGAAAUGUGACCACUUCCCUAUGGAUCACGGGAUGUGCAUCUCACGGAUUACUAACGGCACAAGCGCCAAUCGCAGAAUGCCCCGAGCCAGCUGCAGGGACUGUGAACUGGACGAGGCCAGCUCUGCCAAGGAGAUCCUGGAUACUUUCUGCGCUAAUGAUUUCAUUGCCAAGGUUCGGAUCACAAAGAAAAACACGACGUCAUCUUCCGUUUCGGACUUUGACAUGGAUUCCAAGGUGGAUGUCUUAAAACACGGCCCGCUGCCCAAGCUGGACAUCUUCCCCCGGCUUCAGCAGUGGCUGGACUUGGACGCCACGUGUGUGCAGAACAUCAUGCGUGGCACCCGCACUGGCACUUACGUCAUUAGCGGAGACGUGCGAGAAGACAAGAUGGUGGUGAAUAAUGCCUAUGCCUGGCAGAAAAGGAACAAGAACCUGCACUUUGCUGUGAAGAAAUGGAAGCAUUACAGAUGCAGAUCAUAG